CAACAUGUCAGAACGAUGCCAUCCUUCUGGCUGUGCCUGUUAAGCACACUCCUUCAAAGGAGCCUCAUUAGAGACGCAGACAGCACAGUGGCAUCUCUGCUAUAAAGAUUUCUCCACGAGUAUAAGCUCUGGAGUAACAUCAUGGAUCCGGGAGUAUGUGUUCUGGAGCUUCUUGGUUUGUUCUUCUCUCUGAGCGCCUGGCUCUUCUCAUUGACCACCACUCUGAUGUCCCAGUGGCUCACGCUGUCCACCGCUCUCCUUCCUGCUGAGAGCUACGAGCUGGGAUUGUGGGGGACGUGUGUGGUGCAGGAGCUGGGCAUUCUGGAGUGCCGGCCGUACGACAGCCUCCUUGGACUCCCUCCAGAUAUCCGCUUGGCUCGGAUCCUUAUGUGUGCCACCUUGGCUACCGGUUUCAUGGGAAUAUCUUUUGCAAUCCCAGGCAUCAACUUGGUCAACAGCUGUAAAGGUACUGAGACCCUUAGAGAGAAGAAGAUGCUGAAGAUGGUGGGGGGAGUGCUGUGCUUCACUGCAGGAGUUAUGGGUCUGGUUCCCGUCUCCUACAUAGCCCACCUGACCGUUUUGAGGUUCUUCGAUGAGUCCGUUCCUGAUGUGGUUCCACGCUGGGAGUUUGGUCAGGCUCUGUUCUGGGGCUGGACUGCAGCACUUCUGUACAUUGUAGCUGGAUCAUUGCUUAUUACCUCCUGCAUCUGUCUGCAAGAUGUACCGUGUCCACUGCCAGAGUCCGUGCCACUACGAGGAGGACAUGCCAGCCCUGAACUUUCACCACGAAGGAGGACAGAAUAUGUGUGAUAUGCGUUAGGGGACAAUUUUUUAAAAAAUAUUCUGCUUCCAGUAAUCACAUACCACUACACCACAUAGAUAAUAUUUUUGUGAGAUGGAACUACUGCACUGGACAUAAUGUGCAAAAUUACAAGCUGCUGCUAUUUCACUGUUUUUGUUUUAAACAAAGGUAAUUUCAUUGAUAUAUUUCAGUGUUUUAAUUUCACACUCCACACAGAAUACCGUAACAAAUCAGUUCAAGCAAUAUAAAGUGGUUAAAACGUAGUAUUUAUGAGCUUUUUUUAUUGUACAUGCUUGGAAAAUGUAAGUUAUGGCACACAGCAAGAGAGUGUUGGUAUAUGUGCAGGGGUGGACACAUCAACAAAUUAUUAGCUAGCCCAGAAGCUAAGUGAAAACUCUAAUUUGUUGCCUAGUCCCAUGGCUUAGUUGCCCAAAAACCGGUUAGAAAGUAUACUAUAUAAUAAUAUAGCUGCUUUGCUAGAUAAGUGGAUUAAUACAGACUAAGGGAAACUAAUAUAGUGCAUUGGGUUUGCAUCAUCAACACAAGGUCAGUGUUUCAGCUGUGAGAUUCAGUGUUCUGUAAUUGCAUCAGACCUAAAACAUAUUAUUCAAGUCUGGUUAGCGUCUUUAUUUUUUGUCUGCAUGUUUAA